AUGGUUGGGGUUGGGUCUGGAUCCUCCACUUCUUCUUCUUCAUUUUUCUGGGUUUUCUGCGGCCCGGGCGGGGCGAGCGCGCGCGCCGGCCCCUGGCUCCGCCCUCCGCCCGCCGACGGACGCCCCCUUCUCGCGAGGCGAGCCGGCCUGCUCCGCAGAUUGACCGCCCGGCGGCGCGAGAGCCCGGUACCCCGCGGCGCCCGCCCCCGCGCGCCGGAGCUGCCUCACGACUCCGCGCGCGCAUGCGUUUCCCCCGUGUAG